GUUCAAAUCGUAAAUUUUUUCAUUUCAUUUCUCAACGUAAAAAAUUUGAAAAAUCAAUUGAAAUUUCUCGAAUUUUCUUUUUCUUCUUCGUUACAAACCUACUGUCUUUUAUUUGUGUGAAUAUUCUUAUUGAUUUUGUUUUUUUAGUUGUUGAUAUAAUAAAUAUGAUCAAAUUAAAGAAUAUUCGUCAUCCAAUGGCCAAUAUUUUCCUAUUAGGUAUGGCCAUCACUUUUGCCUGUAAUAUGGUGUUGGCAAAAGAUGAUAAACAAGAUGUUGGUACAGUUAUCGGUAUUGAUUUAGGUACAACGUAUUCUUGUGUUGGUGUAUUUAAAAAUGGUCGUGUUGAAAUUAUACCGAAUGAUCAAGGUAAUCGUAUUACACCGUCUUAUGUGGCAUUCACCGCUGAAGGAGAACGUUUAAUUGGUGAUGCGGCUAAAAAUCAAUUGACUAGUAAUCCAGAAAAUACUGUAUUCGAUGUUAAACGUUUGAUUGGUCGUGAAUGGGGUGAUCCAACAGUUCAAUCUGAUAUUAAAUUUUUCCCAUUUAAAGUUGUUGAAAAAAAUUCCAAACCUCAUAUCAAAGUUGAAACCGGAUCUGGAACAAAAGUUUUUGCACCGGAAGAAAUCAGUGCAAUGGUAUUGAUUAAAAUGAAGGAAACAGCUGAAGCGUAUCUUGGCAAAAAGGUCACUCAUGCCGUCGUAACAGUUCCAGCAUAUUUUAAUGAUGCUCAACGUCAAGCUACUAAAGAUGCCGGUACAAUUGCUGGAUUGAAUGUCAUGAGAAUCAUCAACGAACCCACUGCCGCUGCUAUUGCUUAUGGUUUGGACAAAAAAGAAGGCGAAAAAAAUAUCCUUGUUUUCGAUCUUGGUGGUGGCACUUUUGAUGUAUCUUUGCUCACUAUCGAUAAUGGUGUAUUUGAAGUAGUUGCUACAAAUGGUGAUACUCAUCUUGGUGGUGAAGAUUUCGAUCAACGAGUUAUGGAACAUUUCAUCAAAUUAUACAAGAAAAAGAAUGGCAAAGACAUUCGAAGUGAUAACCGAGCCGUCCAGAAAUUGAGACGUGAAGUCGAAAAAGCCAAACGUACGCUCAGUAGUGCCCAUCAAGCCAGAAUCGAAAUCGAAUCUUUGUUCGAAGGCGAAGACUUUAGUGAAGUUCUCACUCGUGCCAAGUUUGAAGAAUUGAAUAUGGAUCUAUUCCGAUCCACAUUGAAACCUGUACAAAAAGUAUUGGAAGAUGCUGAUCUCCAAAAGAAAGAUAUUGAUGAAAUCGUAUUGGUUGGUGGUUCGACUCGAAUUCCGAAAAUCCAACAACUUGUGAAAGAAUUCUUCAAUGGAAAAGAACCUACUCGUGGUAUCAAUCCUGAUGAAGCUGUAGCUUAUGGUGCUGCCGUUCAAGCUGGUGUAUUGUCUGGUGAAGAAAACACUGGUGAAUUGGUAUUAUUGGAUGUCAAUCCAUUGACCAUGGGUAUUGAAACUGUUGGUGGUGUGAUGACCAAAUUGAUCCCACGAAACACUGUAAUUCCAACCAAAAAAUCACAAAUCUUUUCAACUGCUUCUGAUAAUCAACAUACUGUCACGAUCCAAGUAUACGAAGGUGAACGACCAAUGACUAAAGAUAAUCAUCUAUUGGGUAAAUUUGAUUUGACUGGCAUCCCACCGGCUCCACGUGGUGUUCCACAAAUUGAAGUCACUUUCGAAAUUGAUGUGAAUGGUAUUCUCAAAGUGACGGCCGAAGAUAAAGGCACUGGUAACAAGGAAAAAAUCACCAUCACUAACGAUCAUAAUCGAUUGACACCGGAAGAUAUUGAACGUAUGAUCAAAGAAGCGGAAAAAUUCUCCGAUGAAGAUAAAAAGCUCAAGGAACGUGUUGAAGCUAAAAAUGAAUUAGAAUCGUAUGCAUAUUCGUUGAAAAAUCAGAUGGGUGAUAAAGAAAAAUUGGGUGGUAAAUUAAGCGAUGAUGAUAAAGCGACAAUGGAAAAAGCUAUUGACGAGGCAAUCAAAUGGUUGGAUUCUAAUAGUGAAGCUGAUGUUGAAGAAUUUAAAGCACAGAAAAAACAAUUGGAAGAAGCAGUACAACCGAUCAUCGCAAAAUUGUAUGCAAGUGGUGCCGGUGGUGAACAACCACCACCACCACCUGAUCAACAACAACAAUCAAAAUCACAAGAACCAGUAGUGGAUGAAGAAGCGGAAAAAGCAAAACAACGUAAUCGUCAGAAAAAAUUUACUAAAUAUACAUUACUUGGAAUGUUGAUUACAUUUUCUGGUUCAGCAUUAUAUGCAUUUUUUACAUGGGGUGCACCAAAACUUGAUGAAGAUGGUAAUGCUAUUCAAGAUGAAUUUAGUGAAUUACCAUUUGUUAUACAAUAUGCAUCAAGAGCAUGGAAUACGUUAACACAUUAUGAAAAAAUUAUUAAAGAACCAUCCAGAGAUUUAUUGUUACCUCCACCAUUACCACCACCAUAUUAUCAACCACCAUAUACAUUAGUACUUGAAAUGACCGGAGUUUUAGUGAAUCCAGAAUGGACAUAUAAAACCGGAUGGCGUUUUAAAAAACGUCCUAUGGUCGAUUAUUUCUUGCAUAAAUUAGCUACAUCAAGUAAUUUUGAAAUCGUUAUCUAUACCCAUGAACAGGGUAUGACUGCAUUUCCAUUAUUGAAUAGUCUUGAUCCAAAUGGUUAUAUUAUGUAUCGAUUAUUUCGUGAUUCUACACGUUAUGAAGAUGGUAUUCAUAUCAAAGAUUUAAAUCGUUUAAAUCGUGAUCUUAAAAAAGUCAUCCAUAUUGAUUGGGAUUCGAAAGCAUGUCAAUUGAAUCGUGAUAAUUGUUUAACAUUACCUAAAUGGAAAGGAAAAACUGAUGAUCGUUUAUUAUAUGAUUUAACCGAUUUUCUAAUGGCUAUUUCCAAUGAAAAUGUUGAUGAUGUACGUGAAGUUAUUCGUUAUUAUUCACAAUUUGAUAAUCCAUUAGAAGUUUUUCGUGAAAAUCAACGUAAAUUAGCUGAACAAGAAGCGGAAAAAGAAAAACAAAAACAACAAACAGCGCCUGUUUAUAAAUCAUUUCUGAUGAAUGUAUUAAAAUCAAAAUGAUUUUUAUUUGAAAAA